AUGCUGCUGUCUAUCAUUCUGUUUGGCCCCCCUGGCAGCGGAAAGGGGACGGUGAGCCAUCUGCUCGUAAAAGAGUACGGCUUUGUCCACUUGAGUGCCGGUAAUCUGCUACGCGAGGAGGUGCUCAAAAGGUCUCCGCUAGGGCUGCGGUGUGCAGAAAUGAUGUCCGAAGGGUCCCUGAUCCCAGACGAGCUCGUCGUCGACCUCGUGUGCAACCGACUGAGUGACCAAGCUGUGCAGAAGCACGGCAUCUUGCUUGACGGUUUUCCAAGGACCCUGCGGCAGGCGGAGGUGCUCAGGACGCGUGGCUUUAAGUUUGACAUGAUGAUUUUUCUUGACGUGUCGCCGGAGGUUUUGCUCGACCGAUGUCUUUCCCGUCGCCUCGACCCAGUGACAGGGCGCAUUUACAACCUCAAGAGCGACCCGCCUUCGCUGGACAUUGUGGACCGCCUUCAGAUCCGCUCCGACGACACGAAAGAGAAGCACGAGCGUCGCAUGCAGGUCUACAACAGUCAAAAGGCAACUCUCAUCGCGCAUUACUCCGACAUUAUUAUUGAGGUCGACGCGGAGCCGGAAAUCAAGGUAGUCUUCAAGGAGCUACAAAUGAAAAUCAACAAGCGGUUGCAGGGCACCACCACGCAAGCCCCUGUGGCAAAGCUGUAG